CUUCCUCGUCGUCGUUCCCAAUAAAUAGUACAGAGCCAAGCCAGUGACUGUUGCAGGAUAAAGUUAUGGCUCUUCAAUGGAGCUCGCACAGCUACAUUUUCUUCACAUUCUUCAUCCUCCUCUCCAUUUUCAUUUCUCCAAUCUCAUCUCUUCAAUUUCCCAUCAAUGUCUGGCCAAAACCCAGAGCCAUCUCCUGGCCCCGCCCCCAAGCCGCUCCCCUCUCCCCCAAUUUCACCAUCCUUUCCCCCCGCCACCGCUACCUCUCCCCCGCCGUCGACCGCCUCCUCCGCCGCAUCCUCACCGAGAAUCACCGCCCCCUCCUCAAUCCCUCCCUCAACAUCUCCACCUCCGCCGCUCCCCUCCUCAAACUCACCCUCGCCGUCGCCGAUCUCUCCGCCCCACUCCACCACGCCGCCAACGAGUCCUAUUCCCUCGAAAUCCCCGUCGCCGGCUCCCCCCGCUUGGUCGCCCACACGGCGUGGGGCGCCAUGAGAGGCCUCGAGACCUUCUCCCAGCUUAUUUGGGGCGAUCCGCCGCGGGUUCCCGUGGGGUUUUCCAUGUGGGACGCGCCAUUGUUUCCGCACAGAGGGCUGAUGCUCGAUACCUCUAGGAAUUUCUACGGAGUGGAGGAUAUUUUGCGGACGAUUUCGGCGAUGGGUAUGAAUAAGCUUAAUGUUUUCCAUUGGCAUGUUACUGACUCGCAUUCUUUCCCUCUUGUGGUGCCGUCGGAGCCUGAGCUUGCCGCCAAGGGGGCUUAUGGGCCUCACAUGAAAUAUUUCCCUGAAGAUGUUCGACGAAUUGUCGAGUUCGGAAUGGAGCACGGAGUUAGAGUCUUGCCGGAAAUUGACUCUCCCGGACAUACUGGAUCAUGGGCUCUGGCUUACCCAGAGAUAGUGUCAUGUGCAGACAUGUUCUGGCUUCCUGCAGGCACCAAAUGGGAUGACCGCCUGGCUUCAGAACCUGGGACUGGCCAUUUGAACCCCUUGAACCCCAAGACCUACAAAGUCCUUAAAAAAGUUAUUCGGGACGUUACCACUCUUUUCCCCGAACCAUUUUACCACUCUGGAGCUGAUGAGAUCAUUCCGGGUUGUUGGAAGGCUGAUCCUUCGAUUGAAUCCUUCUUAUCAAAUGGUGGAACUCUUAGCCAGGUUCUUGAGAUCUUUGUCAACACCACCUUCCCUUACAUUCGCUCCCUUAAUCGUACCGUUGUGUAUUGGGAGGAUGUGUUGCUAGACGACAAUGUCAAGGUGCGACCGGAGUUUCUCCCACGACAGCAUACCAUCUUACAGACUUGGAACAAUGGCCUUAACAAUACAAAAAGAAUCGUCUCUUCGGGAUAUCGAGCAAUCGUGUCGUCUUCUGAUUUUUAUUACUUGGACUGUGGCCAUGGCGAUUUUCUUGGGAAUGACAGUCGGUAUGAUCAACAAGCAAAUGGGGACCCUGAAAAUGGAGGGUCCUGGUGUGGAGCUUUCAAAACAUGGCAAACUAUAUACAACUAUGACAUAACUUAUGGAUUGAGUGAAGAGGAAGCUGAAUUGGUGCUAGGUGGGGAAGUGGCAUUGUGGUCCGAGCAAGCAGACCCGACAGUUUUGGAUGCACGGCUAUGGCCUCGAGCUUCAGCAAUGGCAGAGUCGCUCUGGUCGGGGAAUCGAGACGAAACGGGGAAGAAGAGGUAUGCGGAGGCAACAGAUCGUUUGAAUGAAUGGAGAUAUAGAAUGGUGAAUAGAGGCAUUGGAGCUGAACCAAUUCAGCCUCUCUGGUGCAUUCGAAACCCUGGCAUGUGUAACACUGUUCAAAAGCUCUAAUAGUAUAUUGAUGAAUGAUGAACAAUAUGUUCAAUA